UCAGGGCAGUGCCGCAUGCUGUAAGCCGAUUCGAGCCUUCAGAAACGCGGUGGCCUGAGAGCAGAUCGGCAUGAAUGUCAGAGAGACACGUUCUGCGUAUGUGUAGAGGGCGGCGUAUAUUGUACAUAUACGCAUCCACCGAUUUGUACUGCGGCUCGUCCGUCGUAUCCCGAGUGGUGAACAGGGCGUUCAUGACGACCUGCCGCAGAUCCAGCUCGAGCGGCUGCUCCAGCACCUCGUCGGUGGUCACGCCUGGCCUUGGGUAGGCUGCAAGGAUCUCCUCGUCUUGCACGCCGGACAGCUGUGUCUGCACACAGAGCCAAAAAAUGCAUUGCCUGCGAGACAUAAUGAGCACUCACUAUGUGCGCUGCAUGCGAGUUGCGCUGCGCACACGUGGUAAAGCCACGUACAGUGCACUGGCCACAAUGUUUCCAUUCGUGCCCAUGACGACGUCUCUAACAGACCAGCAGGAGAGCGGAGACAAUGAGAGAUCGUUGAGAGGUGAUCGAUGGGCUUACUCCAGUUGGUCGGAUACUGUAGAACGAAGUCGAGUUGGCGCUCAUGGGCGGAACGCUGCUCGAGUUGCCCUAUAUAUAUUGGAGUGGCCCAACAGCGCAGAUACUGUGCCGACGAGCGGUCAUCGAAAAAGACAGUCAGGGAACAGGUGCAGACCUCUGUUUCGCGUAGUACUUGAGCUCCACUUCAAUGAACUCCCCGUUGGCUUUGGCAUUUCGGACAGACUGAUAGCUUCCCUACCUCAGCGAAGUGCCCUUCGGCAGAUGCACCUGCCAACAAUCAGUGGCACACACACACACACACACACACACACAUGAGCAUGGCUGCCGAAGUCACGUUGUCUGUCGGUUUGUUCUCACCGUCUGCAUGGUUUGUUCUCAGCAGCGAAGCCAU